GUGUGGCAGGGCAGGAGACAAGUCAGUGGGAGGAAAGAGGGAGAAAUUCCCCUGUCUCAGCCGGGCCCUCUCCGAUCCAUUGGACGGGAUGAGACUAACCCUGUUCGUUCAUGUAACUUAUUCGAUUCUUUUAGCCUGGAGGGACCUAUUUAUCGAUCUGCUGGUGCUGUUUUACUUCUUUUUCUUCCUUCCUUCUUUCUUCUUUCUUCUUGUUAGUUUAAGUUCAUCAUCACUGUCCAGUCAUUCGUUCUAUCAUUGUUUGAAACGUAUUGGUUUCAACUGCAUAAGUGACUAUUCACCCCGCGAUAGCCUCAGCUUGCCGACCCUGAAUCUGCCUGAUUCCCUCAACAACACUCGACACCUCGACACUCCUCUACACAGAAAACAAAAACAAAACCAUCAUGACCAACAUCAACGCAAUCACCCCUCCCACCCCGGAGUCAUCCAUCCCCACCCCCGACAGUCAUACACCCCCCUACAACACCCCCGCAACCGCCAACCCGCCCAAAGAAACCCCCCUCUUCUCACCAACCCUCAUCUCCCCCCAAGUAACCGCCGAACUCCCCCAAGACUACACAAUCCGACCCAUCCGCCGCUCCGACUUCCACCGCGGCUACCUAGACGUGCUGCGCGUGCUCACCACCGUCGGCGACAUCAGCGAAGAGCAGUGGAACGCGCGCUUCGACUGGAUCUGCUCCCGCAACGACGAGUACUACCUGCUUGUCAUCUGCGACGGGGAGGGCCGGGUCGUCGGCACGGGGAGUCUGAUUGUGGAGCGCAAGUUUAUUCACUCGUUGGGAUUGGUGGGCCAUAUUGAGGAUAUUGCGGUUGAGAAGAAUCAGCAGGGGAAGAGGUUGGGGUUGAGGGUUAUUCAGGCGCUGGAUUAUGUUGCGGAGCGGGUGGGGUGUUAUAAGACUAUCCUCGACUGCUCCGAAAUUAACGAGGGUUUCUACAUCAAGUGCGGGUUUAAGCGGGCGGGUCUGGAGAUGGCUCACUACUAUUGAUUUGAUCAUACAUUCUGCGUUGAUUCGUCUGAGCUUGCUGGCGUUGUUUAUUGUCUGUUUACUUCAUACACUGGUUUUGUGUGCGGGAUUGAGUAUACAGUGAUUCGAUAUAGAAUAUCUGCUGCAUGUGUUGUUCGGGGUUGGGGUGCCGUGAGAUGGGUCCAACAUAAGUGAGAAUAGUGAGAUACUUACAUACUAGUAUACUAGAUAAUAUGAACAUUUAUUGGCUCGUU